AUGAUUCGUCAUGAACAGAAGAAAAAACAAGAAGAAAAAGAACGUUCAACUAAUGAUCCAUUGAUGACUAUUGAGCAAUGGAAUGAUUCUGUUCCUUUUGAUUUAUUGAUGUGUUAUAGUAAUAAUGUUAAUGAUACAAUAAUGAGUUUAAAAAUAGCAGAUCGUUUAACAAAGAAAAAUUAUCGAGUUUAUAUUGAAAAACAAAGUCAACAUCGAUUAGAAUUAAUGGAAAUAGGUGCAUCAAAACAAGUACCAAUUCUUGCUUGUUUAUCAUCAACAUUUCGUAUUUCACAAUUUUGUAUGGCAGAAGUUGAUUAUGCAAAAAAAUCUAAAUGUCCAAUUAUUCCAAUAAUUGUUGAAGAAAAUUAUACAAUUAAAGGAUGGUUAAAUCAUAUUAUUGAUAAUCAAACACCAAUUAAACUUCAUAAUAAAACUUUUAAUAAAUCAUUUAUGUUUUUACUUCAAGAAAUUCAUCAAAUAAUACAUUCAGAUGAAAGAGAAUAA